CCGCAAAACAAACCUAUUAACCAAAAAGUUGAAAACUUUUGGUUCAAAUUCAAAAACCUUUUGGGAUCAGAGGCUUCCCGAAAAUAUUGGAGUAUUUUUAUUCACCAAUCAAAAGAAAUUUCAAGUCUCUUUAGAAGAUUCAAACAACUUUUUACAGUCAAAAAACUUAUCAAUUAUUAACAGAAAUCUCCAUCUUUUCUAUUCAUUUUUUAUUUAUUUAAAUUCAAGUCAAACAGAUCAAAAUACUUGUUUUUUGACUCUCUUCUUCUUCUUCUUCUCCCUUGAUUUGAAUCUCUAAAAUCUUCAAUCCCCAUGUUCUAAUUUAAAAAUUUUACAACAGUGUCCCUCUUUUUUUUUAUCACACACACAAACUUUGAUCCUCGAAUAUAAUAAAUAUAAUAAAAAAGAUAAUAUUCGUGUUUCUCAUUUUGGAGUCAUAAUAAAGAAACCUUCCAUUUAAUUUAAUCCCCCUCCAAGAAACCUGAAGAUUCUAAGAAGAAGCUGCCAUUAAAAAGAAGAAGAAGAAGAAGGAGAAGAAGAAGAAGAAGAGGAGAUAAAAAAAAAAAUGUCGCGUCUAGACGAGAUGAUACCUUCAAGCCCAGGCAAAUUCAAGAUGGAGAAAUCUUCAUACUUGCAUCGUCUCAGAUUCCAAUCUUAUCUCACAAAGUUUGCAUUUUUCUCCUUCUUCCUCCUCUGUCUCAUCUCUCUACUCUUCCUCCGAUCUCCUCCUUCCGUCAACCCUUCCCCUUCCUCCUCCUCCGAUCCAUCUCGCCGCUCACUCCGUACCUACACCUACGGAGGACCCGCUUGGGAAAAACGUAUCCGAUCCUCUGCUCGUAUCCGAACCUCAACAACCAACGGAAUCACAGUUCUAGUAACCGGAGCAGCCGGUUUCGUCGGCACGCACGUCUCCGCCGCAUUGAAACGCCGAGGAGACGGCGUAAUCGGUCUAGACAACUUCAACGACUACUACGAUCCAUCCCUGAAACGAGCGAGACAAGCUUUGCUAGAGAGAAGCAGUAUCUUCAUCGUCGAAGGAGAUAUAAACGACGUCGAAUUGCUACGUAAGCUGUUCAAGAUCGUCUCCUUCACUCACGUUAUGCAUCUAGCAGCUCAAGCUGGUGUACGGUACGCAAUGGAAAACCCUAGCUCUUAUGUUCACAGCAACAUCGCCGGAUUCGUUAAUCUCCUCGAGAUCUGCAAAUCCGCGAAUCCACAGCCUGCUAUAGUCUGGGCUUCGUCUAGCUCCGUCUACGGACUCAACACG